CCCUGGCCCCUCCUCAAUCAGCUGACUGCUGGUGACGUCAGCGCCGCGCUCGGCAGGAAGUGAGUCUGAUGCCUGACGCUAGCUGGAACAUGAAGAGGAGAAGCUGUUUUCCACAGAGCUCCUGGGACAACAGACUGCGCUUUUGAUGAAAAGACUUUUUGGGACAUGGACAACUACAAAAGAGGAAGACCAUGGGGGAAGCUUGUCAAAGUGGACUCCAGUGAAACUAUUCUGCUUUUCACCCGGGAGUGCACCGUGGGCAGAAAAAAAGGAUGCUAUUUGUCGUUUCCAGCCAAUAAACUCAUCUCAGGGGAGCACUGCAAGAUUGUGAAAGAUGAAAGCUCAGGGCUGGUGUGGCUUGAAGACAUGAGCACUAAUGGCACAGUGAUCAACAUGUCCAAACUGGUCAAGAAGCAGUCUCACGUGCUGGAAAGUGGCGAUGUCAUCUACUUUGUGUACAGGAAAAGUGAACCGGAACAAAACAUCGCCUACGUUUACCACUCGAUCAUCACGGACCAUGCUGUUUCACAGGACGGUUAUGCCAUGGAGAGGUCAGCCCGCUGUCCUUCUCCUGUUGCUGCUACAGAGAUGUCCCUCUCUGUGGAGCCUGUAAUGCUCACGACGGCCCCUCGGGAUCUGUCUCAGGAGGAACCUCAGCCUUCCACCUCCACGUCGCACUUCUGUAUUGAGAGCCCUUCCUCCUCUGCACCCAUGACGACCGCAGCCUCCCUUGUCUCCGGCCAGUCUAAGGAGGAUUCCCCUGCACAGGAAAAAGACAGCGACUUCUCGGAGCCAGAAACCAAGAGGAGGAAAAUUGAUGAUGAUAAAGAUUAUGAUCUGGGCCUGCCACACACCUCCAGCACGGACGUGGCCGGUUCAACACAGAGGAAUCUUUUGUCUAAAGCCCCAGUGGGAGGAGCCAAGACGGACAAGAUGGAAGAAACUCUGACGUGCGUUAUUUGCCAGGACCUGUUGCAUGAUUGUGUCAGUUUGCAGCCGUGCAUGCACGUCUUCUGUGCCGCCUGCUACUCGGGCUGGAUGGAGCGCUCGUCUCUUUGCCCCACGUGCCGCUGCCCCGUGGAGAGGAUUUGUAAGAAUCACAUCCUCAAUAACCUGGUGGAGGCCUACCUCAUCCAGCACCCAGAAAAGUGCCGCAGCGAGGAGGACAUGAAGAGCAUGGACAGCCGUAACAAGAUAACUCAGGAUAUGUUGCAGCCAAAAGUUGAGCGCUCUUUCUCCGAUGAGGAGGGGAGUUCAGAUUACCUCUUUGAGCUCUCUGACAACGACAGUGACUCCUCAGACAUAAGUCAACCUUUAGUGAUGUGCAGGCAGUGUCCUGGUUACAGGAGAGAGGUCAGCCAAGUGCUGUUCGCCACAAGAUCAAACUUCUGGCUCCCCAGCCUGUCGACUCUACCGACCAUACCUCCGCCCCCCAAACCGGCGGCCGAGGAGGAAGUGUCUGCAGCUUCCACGGGGGAGCAGCCCUCCACGUCGUCUGACCUUCCCUCAGCUCCCCAGGAGUACCGCUGCCCCCCUCAGGGCUGCCACCUCAUCUGCACCUGCUGCCUCCAGCCGAUGCCAGACAGACGGGCCGAGCUAAACCACCAGCAGCUUACCGCUCAGCAAUGUGUGCAGUGCCUGCGGCCUUUCUGUCACAUGUACUGGGGUUGCCAGAGGAUUGGCUGCCAAGGCUGUCUGGCUCAUUUUAGCGAGCUCAACCUGACCGACAAAUGUCUGGAUGGCGUGCUUAACAACAAUAACUAUGAGUCUGAGGUCCUGCAGAACUACCUGUCCUCCAGAGGGAAGUCAUGGAAAGAUCUGCUCCAGGAGUCUUUGCAGGGCUUACAGCAGGGAAGCUACUGUCUGACAGAUUCCCGUAUCUCUGCAAACACCAUCCUGUGCUUCUGCUGCGGACUGCGUGCGUUCAAAGAGCUGGCCUACAAGUACAGACAGAACAUCCCUCCGUCUGAACUGCCAGCUGCUGUAACGUCUCGUCCUGACUGUUACUGGGGCCGCAACUGUCGUACGCAGGUGAAGGCGCAUCACGCAAUCAAAUUCAACCACAUAUGUGAGCAGACACGGUUCAAGAGCUAAAGGAGCAGAGCGACUCCUUUCUUUCCCCCGACCUGUGUCAAAUGUAGAGAGCUGAGCAUCCCGUGCGUUUGAGAAACACAACGUUGUUUUUGUCGUUCAUCGUAGCUGACUGCCUUAUGCAAUAAUGCAGAAAUUACAAUCAGUGUCCAUUUACGAUAGUGGCCAGUGUGAAAUGCUAUGCACAUUAAGAUUAGAGUUCACAGUUUAGUAAAGUUUCCUUUUUCAGACCUGGUGGGCCGUUUACGCCAGCCGCCGUUUAGAACUGAGAUACAUGUUUGUGUUGCUUGUGCGUUCAUCAGGCUUAACCAGGUAACUAGUCCUCUUUGGAUAGAGCAGCUCUUUUACGUGGAAGGUUAACUAGUGCUUCCUGAAUUGUCUGUCCUCUAGCCUGUGCAACAAAAUAGUUUUCUUCUCAGAUUAAGAGCGAGUAAGGCAAUCUGUACGGAUGAAGGCCAUAUACGUAUUCUUAAAAAUGUUAUUGAGCUGUUGGUGUUUUCUGCCACAUCCUCCUCUAGCCUUGAUAAGCGAGUCUGAAAAGACCUGUUGUUUAUUUACUCUUUACUAGCGUUGUAUUUUAAAAUACCGAGUUUAGAAUCCGGGGCUUCCUACAUCGUGAUUCGGACGAUUGACUGUAAAGUGAUCAGCCGUGUUACGGUAAGAGCAGCUGCACCGUUGUCGGCCAUCGCGGCUAAUAAUCACAUGAAAACGCGUCACCGCCCCGAGGUAAACUUUUCCUGUUUCCCUCGAGCAUUACUGGGCUCCCAAGGGCAAAAAGCCACGUCAAAGCCCCUCGCGCACGUACGGGGGUAGAUUUGUAAUCCUGUGUGAUAUUUGUAUAAGAUUCCACGUCUGUGGGAAGGGGAUCAGUGUGUUGUAACGCUGUCAGAGGGCGCAGGGGCCUCAUUUGUAUGAUUUGCUCUGGAUAAUCAUCUCCAAGGUGAUUAAAGUUGUGUGGAAGGGAUACUUUCUCAGAGCUUCAUAGUAAGGGCUAAUCUGUCGCGAAAUGUUACUCUGUGGAGAAUCUUCCAGAACAGUUUAAAGGAUUGUGCCAAUGCAAAGUGACAGCAGUGGUUUCUGUUGUCAUUUGUGUUCCAGUUUUUAUGUGCGUCGUAGCUUAGUUGAUCAGUGUGGUGGAUGUGGCUGGAUUUUAGCUGGCUCCUCAGGUACACAAAGCUGCUGUUUUGUUGUGUCGGUUGCAGGUUGAACCGUGAUUGGUGGUUUGAAGUUCUGUUUCACAGCGGAAGAGCUGUCGCUGACCUCUCAUUUAUGACUAUCAUCACCCAAGUGUCAGAAAGCCCCCGUCAUGCAAACACGCGUGGCAAACAUUGGCGUCUGCUGUAAAAACAAUUUGACAAAUCAGCCUUUGUUUUUUUUUGUUUUUUUCCGCCUUAUUUAGUCAAAACAUCCAUAUAUAAGUUUCCCGAGGCCUUAUAUACUGAGAUUUAUUAGUCCUGAUGCUCCCCGUCCCCUUUUUUCCCUGUAGGAUCACUGUUAUUAGUGGGUAGGAAAGCCUGGUGGAAAAUUACAUUUUGUGUGAUUUCACACACGAACACUGGUCUUAUUUGUUAAUGUUUGUUUAGUGUUGCAUUUGAUUUAGAUGAAAACAUAAAAUGUUAACUGUGUUUUUUUUUUCUUGUACAACUACGAAGAUAUUUGCACAUAUUUGUCUCACACAUUGAAAGACUUCUUUUCAAAUCUACAAGAUUAUGAUGGAAGGCAAGCUUUGUAGAAGAGCUGCACUCUGUGGAUCCUGUGUAUGGGACGGCAGUAGUCUGAUCAGGUUUGUUAUCGAACGAGUUUUAUUCCAAAAUGACGUGUAUUUAAUCAGAGAGAGAAAGGCAUCAGAAAAUUCUGUCCCAUUUUGAGUAAUGAUUUACUGGAUUUGUACCAUUUGCCAUGGUAAAUAUGGAAACGGUGUGUGUUGUUUCAGAAUGUAGCUUGUAGUCUUUGUGUUUUCAUUGUAUGUGUUGGAAAACAUGGGGUUGUGAAUGGGCACUCUCCUGGCCUCUGCCUCAGCUCCUGAGUUCAUUUGUAUUGUUUGCAAGGUGAUUUAGGUAUUUCUUGUCCUUCUUUUUUCUUUAUUAUUUUUAUUACCCCUUCAGUCAUGGUGAGUCCACAUUGGCAUUCCUCAGCAGCUCAGGCCCUCAGCACAAGCCCUGUUGAUCCCCCGACAGAGUGGCUGAGUUUUUAAUUAUUCCCUACAGGAGACGUGGGCACCCUAAGCCAACAAAAGUCCAACACCGCUCCAAUCAGGAAUUGGUAUUAAAAGGCUUUGGAGCAGUGCUUUGCAUUCUCCCUACGGUGAUGUGCAUGUGUGUUUGGGAGGAGGGGAUUUAUGUUGUACACUAAGGCGAAUAUUUACUCACUUUGUGUGCAAAAGUCUGGACCAAGCUGCUCAGCAGUCUGCAGGGGGCAGGUUUCAUUCUACCUCAUCACAGCUCCCAGGGACGUGGGACUGAAAAGGCAUCAGUCACAUUCACGACAAAACUUAGACCUGCAUCUCUCAGCAUGAGGGAUGUUAAGUUCUUACUGAUGCCUGCAAACUUUGUAUACAAUGCAUAUUAAUAUUAAUUUUACAAUUAGUCUAGACUAUAAUCAACUUCUAGUUAAAUGACUCUAGAGUAGCACUAGACCUGUGCAGAGAUUGUUAUUGGUGGACACUGAGCUGUGUGUUUGAUUUUGCUAAAUAUAUCUUUACCCUGUAGGUUGUAUUGUUGAAAUGCAUAUAGACCUGGAUUGCCCGUUUCUUACCAAAUUAAAAGGCUGAUAAUGCUCAAAGUACAAA